CCGCCCGCCCGGCGCCGCACCCGGCACACGGAUUUACGGCGCGGACUGCAGCCUCCGGAGCGGCUCCCGCAGGGAUGGAGGGAUGCAUGUACAGCUGGGAGCAGCAGACGCAUGGCACAGCCCCGCAGAGAUAGAUGUGAAGGACUGCUUCCCUAGUGCUGGCGUGGAGGGAGGGCUGCUCAUCUCAUCAUGGUGCUGCCACCGCCCGACAAGCGCCAUGUCUGUUUGACCACCAUUGUCAUCAUGACCAGUAUGGCCUUCAUGGAUGCGUACCUGGUGGAGCAGAACCAAGGGCCCCGCAAGAUUGGUGUCUGCAUCAUCGUGCUGGUGGGGGACAUCUGCUUCCUCAUCGUGCUGCGCUACGUGGCGGUGUGGGUGGGGGCAGAGGUGAAGACAGCCAAGCGGGGCUAUGCCAUGAUCCUGUGGUUCCUCUACAUCUUCGUGCUGGAGAUCAAGCUGUAUUUCAUCUUUCAGAAUUACAAAGCAGACAAGAAGAACCUGGAGACAGUGGCCAGGAAAGCCCUGACCCUGCUCCUCUCUAUCUGUGUGCCCGGGCUCUACCUGGUGUUGGUGGCCUUGGACAGCAUGGAGUACAUACGGACCUUUCGGAAGAAAGAGGACUUGCGAGGGCGCCUCUUCUGGGUGGCCCUUGACCUGCUAGAUAUCUUGGACAUCCAGGCCAACCUGUGGGAACCGCACAGGACCGGCCUGCCCAUCUGGGCAGAGGGGCUCAUGUUCUUCUACUGCUACAUACUCCUCCUGAUCCUGCCUUGUGUGUCCCUCAGUGAGAUCAGCAUGCAAGGGGAGCACAUUGCCCCACAGAAAAUGAUGCUCUAUCCCGUCCUCAGCCUGGUCACCAUUAACAUCGUCACCAUCUUCAUCCGGGCUAUCAACAUGGUCUUGUUCCAGGACAGCAGGGUCUCCACCAUCUUUAUUGGCAAGAACAUCAUCGCAAUUGCCACCAAGGCAUGCACCUUCCUCGAGUACAAGCGGCAGGUGAAGGAGUUCCCUCUGGAAGCUCCAGCAGAACUCCCUCUCCCACAGCCAGAGCAUCCACAGCACACAGGGCAUCCCUCACGAGCCAUCACCCACGAGGGAGAUCCUUGACACAUGAGGGGUCACCCCCAGCCGAGCAUUGGUUCAGAUAGCCCUGUGCCAAGCAGAGGAGGGAUGCUGCUUUCUCGCUGCAUGGGCGAGCAAGAUGGACAAAUCCCGCCAGCGAGGGCUCUUCUAGGAACAAAACACCAACACCAACCACGUUGUAAUUGAGCUAUGGAGUGUCCCCUAGACGUCUUCAUCUCAGGUAUAACCCUAGGAGUCCUCCAGACAAACCAAAUGAACUUGCAAAGGACCUGAACCAGCUAACCCUUUCUGUCUGUCCUUCCCACCACCAUCACUCCUGAGUAAAGACUACUAAGGUUGCAAAGUCCCUUUUUACUCCUUGAGCACCUCACCUUUACUCCAAGCCUGUAACAAAGAUUUUGUUACUGAAGACCUUUUUAUUGAGUGGGGACAGGGGCAUAGGUGUAUGGGUUGGGGGGGGAAGGUGGGACGUUUGAACCAGUAAACCCUGUGAUUGUAGAUGUCUCUUAUCUCCAAUGGUUGUGUUUACAAUUUCAUAUUUAUAGCAGCUCCCAGGGGCUUCUGGGCUGCCCCAGGGACCAAUGUCCUUGUGGGUUGGUGAUGGCCAAGAGCAGCAAGCCCUGUGGCAGGGAGCAGGGCUGGGAGCCAGCAUGGGUCCCUCACCACAGGACAAGGGGGUCUGCGCCUCAAGCAGUGCACCACGCCAACCCUGCUGGGAGCAAUAUUUGACAAGCUGAAUCUAAUCUAAUGCUGGCAUUUUAUGGAUUUCAUUCACUCCAAACAACUCAGCACAAUAUUUCUAUUUUUAGAAAGGUCUCUCCCUGCCGUUGCAAGCCUCCCCUCCUGCAGCAUCCAGCGCCGCUGCCCUGGCCCCACCGGCACUGCUGCAGGUGGGCACCCAGGAGGGUUUUGUAGUGAGGCUGGCGAUGAUGCAUUUCACUCUGGCAUCGAGCGUUUAUAAAGAGGGCUGCUUUCCACAGCUACUAUAUUUUUAAAAUAAAAUAUUUCCAAAAAAAAAAAAAAAAGAAGAAAAGAAAACAAAC